UGCUAAUAUCCGAGCUCGAUGUGAACCCGGCCCAACUGAAAAUGCUACGUACUAAACUCAAGCACCUCCUCUUCGGACGUCGCUUUGUCAAGUAUGAUGUAUCAUCGCAGAAGUUGUUGGAAAAACAUGGAAUUAGGUGGAAGGGAGAAGUACCAAAUGCUCCUGACAACGGCCACCGUGGCCGUGGCUGCGGACGUAGCGCAACUGGUGAAGCUUUAACUGACAGGCCUCCUUUACCAAAAGGACAUGGUUAUCUUUCUUUGGGAACCUGGGCGGAUGCGCAUGGUAAUGCCUCUAAGAUAUACUCUAGUUGUUCUGCUCUCAUGUAUUGUCGUGUUUGUGGUAAGGAAGGAGACCACUGGCGUCGAAAUUGUCCAAACCGGCAUCGACCAGAACCAGAACCAACACCUGCUGUUCCGAUCAAUAAAAAAAAAUCAAAACCAGUUUUCCAGACACAGAGAAAGAAAGAAUCAAAUUCCGCUGCAGGCACCAACAACAUCUCAUAUAAGACCAAAGAAUGAUGAGAGCUGUCGGUCUUUGUGAGCCCUGUUUACUGAGAAGACUGCUGGUUCGAAGUCGUCUUAUGAACUGUCUUUACGUGUCAUGUGCA